GAUUGCCGGCAGAGCUCAGCGCGGUUCUCUAGCCCUAAGAACGAGAUCUGCGUUCAGCUUCGUGCCGUUUCUUCAUAAGAGGUAACGCUCGCUCAGUGGACAUACUAGAAAUGUGCGCGCUGAUUGAGUUCAGCGUUGAGUUCGUUGAUUGUUGUGAGUGCUGGGCAUUGAAAAUAGUAUUGCUGAGUUAGUACUACUUUCAAUUGCCUUUGGACCAACCAAUGGCUCGCGCGCUAGUGUGCCAACCUUUCCACCCGCUGGCGGACAAACCCCUGCAUGGCUCACGUUGGUGCGCUUGAUGACGUAGAAACCAUAUCGAGCGAUCUUUCAACUGGCUUAUCUUGUCAGCUUUUCCAGGAUUACUCGAAAAUGUGUUCGCAGCCCGGUUCACGCCCCGCAUGACGUUGCACUCGUAACUUUGCGCUGGAGCCCGUGUUUCUCCACCAGGACAUAUAAUGGUGUUUAAUUACUGUUCUUAUAGCACCAUUUUAUGUGGGUUACACAAGACGCUCAACAUAGGAGCAGGCUCACGUUGCAAAAGCGAGGCGCUCCCAGUCCUGAAUCCAAGACCAUGAUCUGCAUACUUAAGCCGGCCCAGCACACUCUUUAAUUUAAUAGCCUAUCAAGUGUCAGUAAUAUUAACGACACUUACAGCAGCAGCCAACAUGCGCGCAAUCUACGCAGCGCUCCUCCUGUGCAGUUGUGUUGCGCUCGCCCAGGGCGCGAGCAAGCGCUGCAAUGUGCUGAGCAUUGUAACCAACGUUGGCAGCUGGACGCCGACGACUGGACCCGCCAAAUAUGUCGGCGUGCCCAAGCCGACCGGCUACUGGCUUGUGGAGUUCACGCACUCUUACACGGUGUUCAAGAACGCGGGCUGCUCCGUCACUGUGGCGUCCCCGAAGGGCGGCCUGGGCCCAGCCGACUCCCAGGGAUUCGCCUUCUACGCCAACGACCCCGACUCCAAGCCCCUGGUAGCCAAGCGACCCGACGGCAGCUCCUACGUGCCCCUGACCGAGAACACCACCGCCGCCGGCUCCAUCACCAACGCCCAGCUCGCCAACUUUGACAUCCUGUUCUUUGUGGGCGGCACAGGCUCCAUGUGGGACUUUGCCAACGACGCGAACCUGCACCGCAUCAUCCGCGUCAUGUGGGAGUCGGGCAAGGUGGUGUCGGCGGUGUGCCACGGCCCCAUGGCGCUGGUACACGCCAAGCUGUCCGACAACAGCUCGCUGGUGGCGGGUCGCGCCAUGACCGGCUUCUCCAAUGCUGAGGAGGAGUGGCUGGGCUCCUCCAAUAACGUGUGCGGCCUGUGCUACCCCGGCAAUGAAGCCACCGGCUGCUCCGCCGGCCUGAGCCCCGCCAACUGCAGCGGCCCCCAUAUGCCCACCGAGUAUGCCAAGCAGGGCUCCUUCCUGCUCGAGGACGGCCUCAAGGCCUCCGGCGCCAUCUACAUGUCUACGCAGCAGGACUGGGCGAGGUUCUACUUUCGCCCCCACGUGGUCCGUCAUGGCCGCUUGGUGACCGGACAGAACCCGGGUGCCGGCCGCGAGACCGCUGAGGCUGCCUACGACACUCACCGCCUGCUGCGCAUGACCAAGAAGAAGAACUGCCCGAUUUGGUCGCAGUUUGCCGACACGUUCUGCUCCCCGGUGCAGCAGACCGCAGCUGACCCCCCGGUCAAGUGCAAGACCAACGGCUACAUCCCCAAGUGUUGAUUGGGAUUGAUUUGAAGAGCACUGCUCCUACAUGCGGUUGCUAAGGAGGCAGAAUGAAAUCCACGGCGUCAUCCC